AUGUCUCUCAUAACUAGUGGCGAAAUUGGUCUCUGUGUUUCCUAUGCCUUGAGCCUGACAGACAUGAUGAAUUUUUCUGUACGAAUGAUGGCUCUAAGUGAUGCAAACGUGGUUGCCGUUGAACGUAUCAAGGAAUAUCACGACAUUGAAAGCGAAAGACAGGGCGGCACUGAUUACCCAUUGCUCGACUCUUGGCCACACAGCGGUGCUAUAGAAAUUCACAACUUCAGCAUUCGUUACGGCAACAGCGAAAAGUUCGCAGUGAAAAACGUAACACUUUCAAUAAGGGGAGGAGAGAAAGUUGCAAUAGUGGGUCGAACCGGUUCAGGCAAGACGUCCAUUGCAAGAGGAUUGCUUCGUUUGACUGAAAAAUCGGGUGGUGAUGUGUUCAUCGAUGGAGUCAACAUCUCAGAUUUGAGCCUUUUCGAGCUCAGAUCUAGAAUAACCAUUAUUCCGCAGGUUUGU